UCCACGUACAAAUAUUUUAAAAAGUAACAAUUCCCCACUCACUUUCUUAUAAAAAACAAGGCUCCUUCACUUGCCAUCAUCACACCAUCACAAUUACCUUUAUAAUCAUCAUCUAGUAAAAUGGCUCCGGCGAAGAAGAUAGUAUUCAAAACAAAGCAUGAAUUGGCGGUGGAGCUGGCCAAAUACACAGCGAAUCUCUCCUCGAAAUUCUGCAAAGAAAGAGGAAUUUUCACCGUUGUUCUCUCCGGCGGCGACCUCAUCUCCUGGCUUUGGAAAUUGUUGGAACCUCCUUAUGCUGAUUCAAUUGAAUGGUCUAAGUGGCACAUUUUUUGGGUCGAUGAGAGGGUUUGUGGUUGGGAUGAUGCCGAUAGCAACUAUAAACUCGCAUACGACGGUUUUCUCUCCAAGGUUCCUAUUCCGGCCGAGAACAUCUAUGCCAUCGACAAAGGGCUCGGAGCUGAAGGCAAUGCCGAGCUCGCAGCCGAACGGUAUGAGGAAUGCCUCAAAGAAAAGGUGAACAAAAACAUAAUCCGAACAUACAAAUCCUCGGGUUUCCCACAAUUUGAUCUCCAGCUUCUAGGAAUGGGACCAGACGGUCACAUGGCGUCUUUGUUCCCGGGACAUGAUCAAAUCAAUGAAAAAGUGAAAUGGGUUACAUUUAUUACCGAUUCACCUAAACCCCCACCAAAAAGGAUCACUUUUACUCUACCGGUUAUCAAUUGUGCUUCAUACAAUGUUAUGGCCGUAUGUGAUAAAGAACAAGCCCAUUCGGUUGCGGCUGCUCUUACUCAUACCAAAGAUGUACCAGCUGGUAGACUAACCGCGGAUGUUGAAGUGGUCUGGUUCCUUGACCAAGCAGCUGCGUCUAAACUCAAAGGCUGGUGCUCUGUCCUUUGAUUUCAACGUUUAUGUGUGUCCAGUUGUAUCGGUUUGGUUUGGCUCGUUUGUAAACCGUGUAUUGCUAUUACUUGUUUAUGCUGUGUACCAUACCAAAUGAUUAAUUUGGUUUACAAGUAUUCUCUUUUGUUUCUAAUAAUAAUUGGUUUCAUAAAUGAGA